AUGUCGGUCUACGCCGUCGCCAGCGGCCGGUCGCGCGUGCCCCAGGUGUCCGUGCGCGACCUCGAGGAGAACACGAUGUGCUUCGAGGUGCGCGACACGGACUGCUCCACGGCGAACUCGCUGCGGCGCGUCAUGGUCGGCGAGGUCGUGAGCAUGGCCAUCGACCUCGUGACGUUCGAGGAGAACACGUCCGUCGUGAACGACGAGAUCAUCGCGCACCGCCUGGGCCUCGUGCCCAUCAACGACCGCGACAUCCGGCGCCGGUUCCGCCACACGCGCGACUGCGACUGCGACAGCCACUGCGACUUCUGCGCCGCGACGCUCAAGCUCCACGUGUCCUUCGACGACCGCGCCAAGGACCUGCCGGAGCACGAGAAGAACAACCCGCUCACCGUGACGACGUUGGACUUGGUGUCCGACGACCCGGACGUCGCGCCCGUGCACUUCGUGUCCAAGCGCGAGGAGUCGACGUCCCAGGAGACGGGCAUCGCCCUCGUCAAGCUCGCCAAGGGCCAGGAGUUGAAGUUGACGUGCAUCGCCAAGCUGGGCUGCGGCAAGGAGCACGCGAAGUGGAUCCCGGUAUCGAAGUGCGUCUUCCGGCCCGUGCCCGAGGUCACCUGGGACGACGCCGCCGUCGCCGAGCUCGCGCCGACGCUCCGCGACGCCAUCAUCCAGGUCUGCCCCGCGGGCGUCCUCGGCUACGCGGACGACCGCGACCGGUCGAAAAUCGAAGUCAAGGACGAGGCCGCGAUCCUCGACUUCGCCGACGACAUCCACGCGCUCACGAAGACGCUCAACCCGACGGGCAAGUCCAUGCUCUUCGCGCGGCCCUCCACGACGAACUUCAUCUUCGACGUCGAGUCCCUCGGCUCCAUCCCCGUCGACGACGUCGUGCUCUGCGGCAUCAACGAGCUCAAGCGCAAGCUCACGAACCUCCAGCUCGCCGUCAACGAGAUCGCCGAGACGGAGGCCUAG